AUGUCUUACAACAAGCCCGAGAAGGACUUCGGUGAGGGUCCCAAGAUCCACAAGAUCCGCAUCACCCUCACCUCCCGCAACGUCAAGAGCCUCGAGAAGGUCUGCCAGGAGCUCAUCGACCGUGCCAAGAACAAGGAGCUCCGCGUCAAGGGCCCCGUCCGCCUGCCCACCAAGCACUUGAAGAUCACCACCCGUAAGACUCCUUGCGGUGAGGGUUCCAAGACUUGGGACACAUACGAGAUGCGCAUCCACAAGCGCCUCAUCGACCUCCACGCCCCCACUGAGGUCGUCAAGCAGAUCAUCAUCAACAUCGAGGCCGGUGUCGAGGUUGAGGUUACCAUCGCCGCAUAA